AUGCGCUUAGGAGCUUCGGGAAGAUCCAGACUGCGGUUGACACCAGGCCGCCGCAAGACCUGCUCGACUCGGGCAACCCCGGGUUCCGCCCAGCGCGAGUUGCUAGGAACUCGCCUCCGCCGCGGCGAGGGACUGUACCGGCUGGCCGAGUCUCGCGAGGAUCUUCGAGGUUUCGCGCGGGACCGCCCAUCGGUUGCCGGGAGACGCUGCGGCCUCCGUCGGGCGGGCGCCUCUGUCUGCAGGUCGCGACGGGAAUCCACCACGAGAGCCAUGGCGCCCAAGAAGAAAGGGAAGAAAGGGAAAACCAAAGCUACCCCGAUUGUUGACGGGUUUGCUCCGGAGGACAUGAGCAAGGAGCAGAAGCACAGCGAGGAGGUCACCAAGAUGCGGAAUGACUUCGAGAGGCAAGUGCGAGAAAUUGAGGCCAAGUAUGAUAAAAAAAUGAAGAUGCUUAGGGAUGAACUUGACCUGAGGAGAAAGACUGAGAUCCACGAGGUGGAGGAGAGAAAGAACGGCCAGAUCAACAUGCUGAUGCAGCGGCAUGAAGAAGCCUUUACGGACAUCAAGAACUACUACAAUGACAUCACCCUCAAUAACCUGGCUCUCAUCAACUCCCUCAAGGAGCAGUUGGAGGACAUGCGCAAGAAGGAAGGUCACCUCGAGAGGGAGAUGAUGGAGGUGUCCGCGCAGAACAAGCGCCUGACAGACCCUCUCCAGAAGGCUCGGGAUGACGUGACUGAGAUGCAGAAGAAGCUUGGGAACUAUGAGAGGGACAGACAGACCCUGGUUCGCACAAAAGCACGUUUGAAGGUUGCUGAGAAAGAGCUAAAGGACCUGCAGUGGGAACACGAGGUGCUGGAGCAGCGAUUUCUCAAGGUACAGCAGGAGCGAGAUGAGCUGUACAGGAAGUUCACCGCGGCCAUCCUGGAGGUGCAGCAGAAGGUGGGCUUCAAGAACCUGGUUCUGGAGCGGAAGCUGCAGGCGCUGAGCGCUGCUGUGGAGAAGAAAGAGGUGCAGAUUAAUGAGGUGCUGGCGGCCUCCAACCUGGACCCUGCUGCCCUGACCCUUGUGUCCCGCAAGCUGGAGAAUGUUCUAGAAUCAAAGAACAACGCUAUCAAGGACUUGCAGUAUGAGUUGGCCCGGGUCUGCAAGGCCCACAGUGACCUGCUGCGCACCUAUGAGGCUAAGCUCCUGGCCUUCGGAAUCCCUCUGGACAACGUGGGCUUCAAGCCUCUGGAGACGGCCGUGAUUGGGCAGACGCUGGGCCAGGGUCCCGCGGGGCUCGUGGGCACCCCAACGUAG